GUCAUUUGCGGUAAUUUGAUUGCAGAUGAAGCUAGUGGACCUUGUAGACGCCAGAUCGACUCGUGAUCGACAACGAUGAAUGUUGCGCUCGGCUUUGAUUGCUCAAACCAGGUUUACUUACCCCAGUCAUCCACUAACGAUUCAUCAUUCCCUGCCGAACCCGAUCGUUCAUUUUCAUCCGAAAAUAUGGCUAGUCGAGGAGGACCGACGGUUGCUGGAACGGACGGAAUGGAUUUUCUCCACCGUGAACGUGUAGCGUCUCACUACCAGAUCAGCGCGAAGAACAAAUCACGGUUGAAAUAUUGCAUCUGCUUUCAUUAUUUGUUUGUCAUUGUCAUGCUGGUGAAAAUGAUUCCUGACAUCCUCGACCGCCUCGAUAUAUUUAUCCUCGAAAUCGAGGAACUUUUCGUUCCCCCGCCGAUGUUAUGGGAGUACACAUGGCUUUUUGGUUCCGUGUUCACGUUCAGCGGGAUCACCGCGGUACGACGUAAUCGCAUGAGUAGCUUGAGGGUGUAUCAAAUUGGUACGCUGUUAACCGGACUGCUUCCUGUUGUCUUCGGACUCGUUUGGUUUGGUAAGGAUGUGAAGAUUUAUGUGGAAACAAGAUCUUUGGACAAGAUUCAGACAUGGCAGAACACGAGAGAAACGGCCCAGGCUAUCAAGAAAAUGCCACUCCGUCGUGCUAUCAAGUUCCUGAAGAAUGUGGUUGCCCACAAGGAAUGUGUGCCUUUUCGUCGAUUCAAUGGAGGUGUUGGACGUUGUGCUCAAGCCAAGGCUUGGAACACCACCCAAGGCAGGUGGCCGAAGAAAUCUGCCGAAUUCCUUCUGCAGUUGUUGAAGAAUGCCGAAUCCAACGCGUAUUACAAGGGGCUCGAAAUGGAUCAUCUUGUCAUUGAUCACAUUCAGGUCAAUCGCGCCCCGAAAAUGCGUCGUAGGACUUACCGCGCUCACGGACGCAUCAAUCCUUACAUGUCAAGUCCGAGCCACAUUGAAGUCAUCCUCACGGAAAAGGAGCAGGUGGUGGCAAAACCAGAAGCGGAAGAGGCCGCCGGAAAGAAAAAAGUUUCGAAGAAGAAGUUAGCGCGGCAAAAAGGUUUGUUGAUAGGAUGCUCCUAUGUUGGAGGAAUGGCGAUGAUGUCCAUGCUGAUGGACAUUUACGAAGGCAAGAAUAAAGCCGGUAAAAGUCGUAACUGUUCAGUGGUGAGGGAAUCUGCGGACAAAGUCAUCAACCAGUCUAGAAGCUCGCGCCAUCGGGAUCUGGAGCAGCAGAUGCACACCGGUAACAAGAGAAUCGUGUCGUCGCUUGUCAGCUGCCGAGGGAUAAAGCACAGGCGAAGAUCAAAGGAUUCAUUGAGCACGGGUUACCCGUUGCUGGAUUUCAGCUCUCGGUCUGUUUCCGGAACAUCUUGCGAUCCAAAUUGCGCCAAUCGUGAGCGCCAGUGUUCGGGGAACAGUGUGUACGACGUCAACGUCUCUGGUCUCCGUCCGGGUUGUCCCUCUUUAGCCGACCCCUCUGACAGACGGGUACUGGAAAUCAGAAUCCCUCUUGGCGAAGAUGGUGUCCUUGGAUCAGAGCUACCCGCAGAAAUUGAAGUUUCUACUUCUGCCGGAAAUGCCAAUCGCAUUGUCGGUUCUAGGUUGGAUCAAUAUCCCGGGGAGCCGCUUGAAGUACUCGAAUCUGCAUGUGGCCUUUCCUCAACGAAUCCCCGAAUACCAGUCUAUCACGAGUAUAGUCCGUUGCGAGCGGAUGUUUGCGCAGUGUAUCCGGCGCGAAUUCGUGAUCAGCCUUUUGUGCCCGAAAAACGUGCCCCUGGUGGUGUGGAAAAUGCUGGUGACAGACGUUCUAAAGAUUCCAGUUUCUUCUCCACUUUUGAGUCGCACACUUUGGGUUACUCUCCUGCCCGCACGACAGUUUCAAAUAAGAUUCCUGGUCACUCCCGUGGAAUCGGUGGCGUUGAUUUUCCGAAGGGAAAGUGGGAUGUGAUGGGUAAAAGGUCUCGCGAUCCUCAUGGGAGUUCCGAGACCGUCGCAGACGGUUUGCUUACGGAAUCUUCGUUCAGAUUUGAUAAUGCGGGAUUCAAUUGCCCCAACCCAAGUUACGCGCCGAAACAGAAAAGGUCUAGGACCCUGAGUGACGAGGACUUUAAAACGUCUUUGACAUGGAAGAACUUUUCCGCGGAAUCGAACAACCUUGUGGCGUCAAGGAAUGCUGGCAAGCGUAAGAGAGAUGAAACCAAACCAGCCGUAGACGACCUCAGAAAAUUCACCAUCAGUGACAAAAGCAAGGAGAAAUAUGCUGGCGGUGAUAAACCGAAAAAAGUGCAUAGCACGCCGUGGGAAACCAAAAAGAGUAGAGAAUGUACGGUUGUUCCUGGGAGCAGACAUUCCGCAUGUUCUCCAAUUUUUGCGAGUUCUCAUUCCCUCAGUGGCCGAGAAAGUCGACCUCAUUCUCCUUUUUCCUUCUCAACGUUCCGCUUCCACCACGGUGCACAGAUACGCCCUCAAAUCACGGAAUUGGACGGAAAACGGAGCUUGUAUCUUGAUCGCCAAGCGUCGCUCCUCUCCGUCGCCCGAAAACGCUGUUCAAGCAUACCACCGGCACCGCGACCAUCUCCCGUUUUGGUAGCCUGUGUUGAAGCUCACGCCCAAACGUCGAUUGAGAUCGUUCUGAAGCCAGUGGAAGAGGUUCCGAAAGAAAAGCGAGACGCCGGAGACCCGCAGUCGCAUGACUCCGGCGUGGGUGCUUGUGACAAAACUGCCGCCAGUUCGUUGGUUGAGAAAAGCAGAGAAUUAGCCGCUACUGACUGUGGAUCAUCGUUGCUUGAUCUGCUAAUGCUUGUGAUUCUCGAACGGCUUCGGGGAAAAGAAAAAUCGUUGGUCUUACCGUCAUUGUCAGUUAGAGCGCCGAGGAAGAUGAAAAAUAGGCGGGAGAGACGCGUGCGGAAGCAUGAUUUUAUCGCACACCGGCUUGAAACUGCCAGCCGCACGAACCUGACCAGAACAUUAUCUGGGGAUGACAAUACUGAAUCUACUUCAGCUGGUGCUCCCAAGGAAACUACGAAAUGCGAGUCGAUUGAAUCCGAAAAUUCUGAGGAUAAACAAGUUGUUAGAACUCUUGAGAGACGAAGUUGCGAAGCGUGUGAGCGUAUGCGUCUCUCGUGGAGCGAUCCCGCCGUAUUGUCCAAAACGUUCAAUCUCAAGUCGAAAGCUUUUCGGGGUAAACGACGUGACAUGCAUCCUGCCCAACCGCCUGAGCCUUUUUAUUCCGACAACGACGGACAUCUGCCGGAAACACGCGACAAUAUGGCCCUUAGAAUCCAUGGUUCCUCAUCGUCGAGGGAAUUCGACGAAAAAUGUCAAAAAAUCCUUCAAGAACUCGGGGAGGCAUUGUCGUUUCAUCACGCCAGGAGGCAGAUCAGUUCACGGCCGAUCAGUCGCCCAAGCCUGAAAUCCAGUAUUAUCUCACUCCCCGCUAACUCCCGAGAAAAGCCGUCUUCGAAACAGACUUGGAACCGAGUUCGAUUCAGUGAUCCCAUUGAUCGAGUGGAAUAUUUUGGCACACCCACAGUCCGACUCCGUUUUGAUGGAACUAGAAGGAAGAAACACUCCCCGUCCAGUGUGCUGAAGUCUACUAUCUUGGACAAUUUAAUGAUCGCGAAGAAACUUACUUGUUUGCUUAGAGAGACCCAUGCGAGAGCCGCUCAUGGGCAUCGUGGAAUGACUGACGCUUCUCCAUCACCAACAACCGAACCUUCCGACGUGAAGGAUUCUAUUGGGAGAAACACUUCUCCAGUAAUUACAGAAGCCGCUGCUGACGAAGCUGUAGAUCAGCUAACGUCCACGUCUAAAUGCUCCUCUGCUGGAACUCCUUUUCAUCCUUCUGAUUGUGAUGACAUGCGGUUCAUCAGUCCUGCAAGAGCGCUGGAUGAACGUUCUUCUUCCGCAUGUGUGACGAGUUUGAAGGAUUUAUCUUUCGCCGUGUUACCAACGGAAAAACAAACUCGAGAAGAAACUUCGCAUGAACACAGAAGAAAUUAUGCAAGCUCCAAUGAUUCUCUCAUGUACAUUCAACCUGCGUCGGCCGUCAAAGUUCACACGUUAACUUAUUUCACUCGAAGCGCUCCCCCGGUUUCCGCUGCUAUGCAAACCACCAUUAGCAACAAAUCCUCGGUUAAAUUUUUCAAACGACCCGACGAAUGCAGUGAAGACGAAGUUGAUGACCUACAUUCGACUGUAGCGCUUUCCGAAGCGUCUGAUUUCAACUGUCGGCAUGCUCCGGAGCCAAGUCCGUCGUACUUCUCCGAAUUUAUCAGUAAAGAUGUAUCAUCAGCCGGUGUAAGUCAGAGGCUAUCGAUUCACGAUGAAGUAUUCGAUGACUUUGACGAAAUAACUGACGGCGAGUUGAGUUUUGAUGCUGAAAAUACGGCGUAUUGUACCCGCGAAGUUCCUAUGACUGCUCUCGUGUCGAACCCUUUUGAAGCAGUUCCAGGAAAUGAGGCCGUCAGGACGGGAAACUAUGCAGGUACUUCUGACGAAGCCUCUGCGCUAUGCUCCGCACAUCUCGAAGUGGAUUCUGCAAAAUCCAUGGAAAACUCGUCCUUUGAAAAAGAAGCUCAGGAAAAUUCGACUGAAAGCCUUGUGUCAGCUGACCUAAUGUCAGUUGACCCCGGUGUGUUCAUCUCUGACGUGUGCAGCGCCGGUUCUACUGGGAGUUCGUCAUCUUCAAACGUUGGCAGUUCUAUCAUCAAGGAAAUCCUGGCCGAGCAUCGACGUGAAACGUUGUCCCAAGAUUUAAACAUUGAAAUACAUGAGGAUUUCAGCUCUUCAAAAUUUGCUGACAUGAACCCCGAAGGAAAAUAUUUCCCAGUCGACGUGUUGAAGAAUAAUAAAUCUUCGAACGGGUGUGCUGAGCAAUUAGCCGAGCCUGAGGAUGAAACUCGUCAUCAACUUUGUGUUGCCCGUGAAUCGACUACAAAGGAAGAAGCUCACGUAGUUCCAGUACAAAAGAUGCAAAGCUUCAAAGUGGCUCGGGGUUCUGGUCGUAAUUUUCGAGCCUCUGCGAAUGAAACCCAAGUUCGAGACUUCGAGCGACCGCGGAAUGCGUCCUCAAUUGCUUUGGCGUCCCCUGGAGACAGUCACGUGUGUGAGGUGAACUCGUCAGCGGAAAACUCGAAGACUAGACUGGAUGCAGCAACACUAUCAUUUGAUGAAAUCUGUGCUGAAGGUGAACCAAAUGUGGAAGACGUCGGAGUCGCUGAUGAGAAGCGUAGCGAGGAUCUCACUGGAAAUUUUGUCAGCUUUUCCCAAGAAGAAUUGCAAUCUUCGAGUUGCAAUGAGGAUCGAGUGGAAAUGGCCACAAGAUUCUUCGAAUCCCAGCUUUCCGAGGAGGAUUACGACGCAUUUAGCGAAGCUGCGAGUAAGUUGAAGUUGCGCAAGAAUUUCAUUUCGGAGACGAAUGCGAUCGUUGCCCGGAGGCGAACCCUUCCCGCCAUAUUGGACACCAUGCUCGCCAGGAAGUAUCUUGUAGAACCUGGAUUUCGGACGCAGUCUCGACGGCGCCCACCUGUUGAGACAAAACCUGUUGGAAGAAGUGAUCUAGUUGCGACAAGGAGUGAGCCACUCAAAGACAUGAAGCGGCAUUGUGGAACAGCGGCCAACGUCACAAAAAGCGCACCGUUUGGUGGCGCUCCGGUAACCGUAGGCGCUAAACAUGCCAACGAAACUCCAAAAGCCUGCCUGAAAUCGGUUUUGAGGAGAGUGAUAGAAGCUAUUGAGGACCAAAAUGCGUCUUGUCCAAUCGUUAAAACGGAAGGCUGUAUUCGAGCGGAUUUAUCUGUUGACGAUCUUCCAAAAACCUGUCCUAUCUCCAAACAUCAUCGGCUUGCAGUCCAUUCCGAAACGAGGUUGUUUGAAAGUGCGGCUGGAGCUAACGAAACUGUCCAUGACCUGGAUUCAUCAAGCGCGGGUGGUGGUGCUGGUAAUGAUUCAGAAUUGGAAAAUGAUCAUUUUGAUGACCAACGAAAUUUUGGCGACGAUGUUGCGCACUGGGCAAUUAUAUCCCCUCCGAAAGGAACCGGAACCAUGAGUAGCGCUGUUUCCGAAGAGACUCCCGCUAUUCCAUCGGACGAUGAUUUGAAGCAUGAUUUCAACGAUUUCACUCACAUCGGGCGUCAUUCCUCGGGUUUAUCGGAUGAUCGACAGCCUGAAAUUUUGUCGGAAUCUUUCCACUCGCCGAAAUCUCAACCGUUCGUGGACGAUGCGUACGUUCAAAAGAUGGCUGACGAUCCAAGUUUGGUGCCGAUUCUCCCGCGAUGCGAUCCAGUGCUUGGGCGAUACAGCAGUUCUUCAACGGAAAAUGCUGAUGCUUCUUUGAACAAACUUCUCGAAGAUCGGCACAAUCGACGCUUGGAACGGCGAUAUCGUCAAGCAAAAAAAUCGAAAGUGGUGGAUGGUUCCGACUCUCAGUGUGAAACAUACCCGAAGGGCAAUAUUAUGACACUCGGCAACGACGAAGACCCAAGCCAAGCCUCUUACGCCCUUGAUUUGCCCUCUUGCGAGCAAGAGAAAUCUGUCUCUGACAACCGUCGUCUUUUGGAAAAUUCUGUCUUAUCAAAAUCGAAAGUGAAAUCUAUGAUGAAAACUGUGGCGCCGGAAGUUGUAAAGCAAAUUCCCUGGGUUUCUUCAUCGACGUCAUCUCGUCCCGCUACUCGGGAACGCAGCCACAACACGGAGACAUCCGCAUCUUCCCGCGACCGCUCUGUUUUAAUCAAAGCUUGGAUGAAGGACCUUUUGAGAAAGGGCCUUCGCAUCCGCCGAAGAAAUAAGGCAGAUCCACGACACGAAGGUGGAAGUGACGCGUUGCUGGCGGCAACGAGAAAAAGCGCCAUAUUUUCCGCCUGGACUGCAGCUUUGUUGGAGACUUCGCAAGUGCUGAAGGAAGCGUAUCCCACAGAUAGCUCGGAGACAGUUUUUGGAGAAGAUGAUAUUCUGAAUGUUUUAGCGGAUUCCUUGCGCCAACUGACAUCGUUUGGGUCUGAAUGGGAUUCUAGUGGAAGUGACGGAAUCGCGAGUUGUGCUUCAGCUUUAGCCAUAAUUGAAGAAGCGAAGCAAAAUUUGAACGUUGUGCAAAGAUCCUUACUAAAGAUCAACUCGGCUAUUUCCCUGAAAUCAAGAUGUUCUUCGACAUCUUCGUUGAUGAGUCGAAAUGAUCAUAGUCACAGUUUUACUUUCCAUCCGAACGCGGGGAGUGAAAUUGAUCUGAGCGAAGUCGAGCUGGAUUUCUUCGAAUUCGAUGCGUUCGACGAUGGUAUUGGCUCGAUGGAGGAAAUAACUUUGAAUGCUCAGCAUUUGAGUAACUUGUCUGAUGUCCCAGUUCUAGCCGUGGAUAACUUGCGAGACCACGGAAAGGGAGUUGAGCUUUUGAUGGAAAAUUAG